CGAACAGAAACCUUUGAGUGAGAUAAAUGACACAAAGAAGACAUGACCGGGUGUGAACAUGGCGUCUGCCUUGGACGAUGACGAGAUCGCCAGUGAUGAUUAUUAUUCCCUGCUAAAUGUCAGACGAGAGGCUACACAGGAGGAGCUGAAGGCAGCAUACAGACGAUUAUGCAUGCUGUAUCACCCAGACAAACACCGGGAUCCUGACCUAAAGAGACAAGCAGAGCACCUUUUUAACCUUGUACACGAAGCUUAUGAAGUGCUCAGUGAUCCUCAAGCACGCGCUAUCUAUGAUAUCUAUGGCAAGCGAGGACUUGAUGUUGAAGGAUGGGAGGUGGUGGAGAGGAAAAGAACUCCUGCAGAGAUUCGAGAAGAGUAUGAGCGCCUUCAGAGAGAGCGAGAGGAGAGAAGGCUUCAGCAAAGGACCAACCCAAAGGGAACGAUUAGUGUGGGUAUUGAUGCCACGGACCUUUUUGACCGGUAUGAAGAGGACUAUGAAGAUAUGGUUGAAAGUGGAGUCCCACAUGUGGAAAUCAACAAAAUGCACAUAUCACAGUCCAUAGAGGCUCCUCUUACUACAAAAGACACAGCCAUUUUGUCUGGAUCCUUGUCAACCCACAAUGGAAAUGGAGGUGGCACUAUUAACCUGGCCUUGAGAAGAGUCACAUCAGCUAAGGGGUGGGGGGAGGUAGAGCUGGGAGCUGGAGACACUCACGGCCCUUUUCUCGGAAUGAAGAUAUUCCGCAACUUGACGCCUCGAUUCUUUGUGACUGCUCAGUGCGGGCUUCAGUUUUCAUCUCGAGGUAUACGUCCCGGGUUCACGACGGUGCUGGCCCGUCACCUAGACAAGAACACUAUGGGCUACUUACAGUGGCGCUGGGGGAUCCAGUCCUCCAUGAACACCAGCAUAGUGAGGGACACUAAGAGCAGCCAUUUCACCUUCGCAAUGCAGCUUGGCAUUCCUCACACUUUUAUGAUGAUGAGCUACCAGUACAAGUUCCAGGAUGAAGACCAGACGAAGAUUAAGGGCUCAGUAAAAUCAGGGUUUUUUGGGACUGUGGUAGAAUACGGUGCCGAGAGGAAGAUCAGUCGACACAGUGUCCUCGGGGCCACUGUCAGCGUGGGAGUGCCCCAAGGUGUCUCCCUCAAGAUUAAACUUAACAGAGCCAGCCAGACGUAUUUCUUCCCUAUUCACCUGACUGACCAACUCCUGCCUAGUGCUGUAUUUUAUGCCACAGUGGGACCACUGGUUUUCUACCUCGCCAUCCAGCAGCUUAUUAUUCGGCCGUACGUGCGGGCCCAGAAGGAACAAGAGUUGGAGAAGCAGAGGGAGAGCUCAGCCUCCGAUAUAGCCAAAAAGAAACAAGAGGCAGAGGCUGCUGUCUUGCUCAUGCAGGAGUCAGUGCGCAGGAUUAUUGAAGCUGAGGAGUCUCGGAUGGGUCUCAUUAUCCUCAACGCUUGGUACGGCAAGUUCGUGACAGACAACAGCAGAAAACACGAGAGGGCAAAGGUCAUUGAUGUGACUGUGCCACUGCAGUGUCUGGUGAAAGACUCCAAACUUAUCCUCACGGAGGCUACAAAGUCAGGACUCCCUGGCUUCUACGACCCCUGUGUGGGGGAGGAGAAGAGCCUGAAGGUGCUCUAUCAGUUCCGCGGAGUCAUGCAUCAAGUCUUGUCAGGAGAUGCGGAACCACUCAGGAUACCAAAGCAAUCUCACAGGAUUGACGCAGACACAUAGGAGCCCCCUCCCACUGACCAAAAAGACUCACCUCUUGACUGACAGAAGAUGGAUAAAACCUUUAGAUACAACAUGGAUUCAAGUCUCUGUUACGCAGAAAUUGUGAAUUUACUUUUUUUGUUAUGUUCAUUUAAAUAUACAGAGAGGACUAAAAUCAUCGCAGACUGGAUUGAUCUGUAUCUAUGGACUGGGUUGCGGCCUGCUUAAAAUUGUCUGACACCAAAAUCAAUGGCUACCACCUUAAUUCCCGGGUGUCCUCGCCUCUUUGGUAUCCAUUUAUUUUUGGUAUGGCUUGUAAUUUAUAACAGUUCCGUGUACUGUAUUGUACAAAAACUGCAGUGCCUGUGUGAUUGAAGACAUGAAUGCACCUCUGUUUAAUUGCCAUAUGAUUAAAAUCUAUCU